UGUAGGCCAGAAACCUAGGACCUCGAUAAUGCUCCCCACUACACCUUUCGAACAAUCCCCAAAGUCCAAACAAACAUUUUCCACUAUGGGUGUUUCGCUCAUCGCAUCAACGGUGAAAGACAACGGUCCAGGCCCGCGCAUCCUUACCAUCUGACCCUAUACAUCGCACGCGCAAAUCACAAUGCCCUCAGACGACCUCAAGGAUAAGAACAGCGAGCCCAUCCAUGUGGGUGACCACGUCUUUACUCACUCCCACGGUGGAAACCGUGGAAGACACGAAGGUGAGGUGGAAAAGAUCGUGAUCAGUAAGGAGGAGGCUGAGAGGGAAGGGGUGCAACAUCCGCCUAAGGUUCUCUUUACAGAUCAGCACGGUCAUCAUGUGGAACAUAACCCGGAGGUGUUGCAGCAUGGGGAGUAUAGGAAGUGACGGAUGCUUCGACUUGGAGGAGUGCAUAAUAAGAGAGUAUGGUGUUUGCGGCUGAUAGUUACAGUUUAUGAGAGACGUUGGUGCUCGUUGGACGCUGGUGAUAAUCGCUGUCACGAAGCGGAGAGACUUGGUGUUGCUGGCCGACAUUGAUGAGGUCAUUAUUCUAGUAGUCUACUGGAUCUGCGAGUCAGUUCUUAGAUGGGACACAUGGAAGAAUUUAACAUCCAUUGGUCCGAUGGUGUAGUUGGUUAUCACGUCAGUCUAACACACUGAAGGUCCCCAGAUCGAGCCUGGGUCGGAUCACAUUUUUUUAAGAGAUCUUUUUUUUUUCGUCAUUUUUUGUCGAACCACACACUCUA